UGGCUCAGUAAAGCAGAGGCAGCGGGAAGAUGGCGGCGGCCGUGCCACAGCGGGCCUGGACCGUGGAGCAGCUGCGCAGCGAGCAGCUACCCAAGAAGGACAUUAUCAAGUUUCUACAGGACCACGGUUCAGAUUCGUUUCUUGCAGAACAUAAGUUAUUAGGAAACAUUAAAAAUGUGGCCAAGACAGCUAACAAGGACCAUUUGGUUACAGCCUACAACCAUCUUUUUGAAAGUAAGCGUUUCAAGGGUACGGAAAGUGUAAGUAAAGUGUCUGAGCAGGUGAAAAAUGUGAAGCUUAAUGAAGAUAAACCCAAAGAAACCAAGUCUGAAGAGACUAUGGAUGAGGGUCCACCAAAAUAUAUAAAAUCUGUUCUUAAAAAAGGAGAUAAAACCAACUUUCCCAAAAAGGGUGAUGUUGUUCACUGCUGGUAUACAGGAACACUACAAGAUGGGACUGUUUUUGAUACUAAUAUUCAAACGAGUUCAAAGAAGAAGAAAAAUGCCAAGCCUUUAAGUUUUAAGGUCGGAAUAGGCAAAGUUAUCAGAGGAUGGGAUGAAGCACUCUUAACUAUGAGUAAAGGAGAAAAGGCUCGACUAGAGAUUGAACCAGAAUGGGCUUAUGGAAAGAAAGGACAGCCUGAUGCCAAAAUUCCACCAAAUGCAAAACUCAUUUUUGAAGUAGAAUUAGUGGAUAUUGACUGAAAUAGCCAGCAAUGCUUCAGAUAUAAUGACAUCAGCAACAAUAAAACAUUGCCUUGAAGAGACUUAUGUAACUAAUUAGAGUUGGUUACUAUUGUAAGGGAAGAGUCAACUGGAAAAUUCAAGAGCUCAGAUAUUGUUUACCCAGUCCCCAACUUUUAAUAUAUGUAAUCCAUUAUAAUUCCCUAAAGUUCGAAAUAUUUUACUACAGCUAUGUAAAAUACUGGUUAAGGAGAAAUGACUUUCCUUUACCUCAUGUUGUAAACUAAAAGGCUCAAUAAAAACAUAUUCAGUGUC